GUUAACAGUCGGCAGCUUUCGGCGUCACUCGAAAGCGCGCUGUUAUUCGUCAUGUGACAGUGUUGUUGUUUCCCCCCUCCUUUUCCGGAAUCCUGUGAUCAUGUGAACACUAACAAGCCAGGCUACUACCAGCUCGCUCCACACCGCAACCGGUCUCAUACGCAUACUACCCAUUUUGGGCAGUCGACAACCCGCUAGUACAGCCGGGGACGGGCCGCACUAUGGCGGACGAAGAGUGGAGCCCAUUGCUUUCGGACAAACAUGACCUGACGAACGGAAAUUCGUAUGGCUUUCCCCCGCAACCACAGAGUUUCCCCCCAUACACCAUUCCCUCUGCUCCCCCUCCCGUCCUGCUGGGUGAAGCCCCACCUCCCUACUCCUCCCUGGACAGCCCUGACAGUGGCUCCUCCCCCAUCAUCAGCUGUAGGGUGUGUCAGAGUGCCAUCAGCGUGGAGGGAAAGACGCACCAACAUGUAGUCAAGUGUGGCGUCUGCAAUGAGGCUACGCCAAUCAAAAAUGCUCCAGCGGGGAAGAAGUAUGUCCGCUGUCCCUGUAACUGUCUCCUCAUCUGCAAAGUCUCCUCCCAGAGAAUUGCCUGCCCUCGACCUUACUGUAAGCGAAUCAUCAUCCUAGGCUCUGUGCAUGCAGCAGGUUCUGGGUCCAGUAGUCCAGAACCUCAACACCCUGCUGGAGUCCGAGUGAUCUGCGGACACUGCAGCAAGGCUUUCCUGUGGACAGAGUUUUCUGACAGAACGUUAGCCAGAUGUCCACACUGCAGGAAAGUCUCAUCCAUUGGCCGACGAUACCCGAGGAGGAAGGGCUUGUUAUGUUUCCUGUUGUUUGCAGUUUUGUCUGCUGCCACGGCAGGGCUGCUGGUGGGAACAUGGAAGCCGGCUCAGCUGCGCAGAGAGAUCUAUGCUGCCUGGGUCAUCCUGAUUCUUCUGUCUCUUCUGAGCAUGUGCAGAAUGAUCUACUGGGGUUGCCUGAAGAUCAGUCAGCCUCUACCACACGUCACAUGAAGAAAGGAGGGAGAAAAGUGUGUGAGAGAGAAGGAAGGAACAUCGCUUUUAUAUUAACAUGACCAAGUGAACUGCCUAGACUCUCUGUCUGGAAUAACUAAUCCUUCUUAGUGCCUGUGUCCAAAAUGACAUUCUGUUCAAACAAUCAGCAGUCAUUCCCUAUGCAGCCCUUCGAUACCAGCAGUCAUUCCCUAUGCAGCCCUUUGAUACCAGCAGUCAUUCCCUAUGCAGCCCUUUAAUACCAGCAGUCAUUCCCUAUGCAGCCCUUUGAUACCAGCAGGUGUUUUUUUGUAGGUGUAUGAUGUCUGUAGGCCAGAACAGUGGUUCCCAACUCCGGUCCUCGAGUACCCCCAACAGCACACAUUUUUGUUGUAGCCCUGGACAAGCACACCCAAUACUGUUGGGGGUACUUGAGGACCGUAGUUGGGAAUCACUGGGCCAGAACAUGAUUAUACCAGUUACAUACAUUAUUGUUGAAUUAAAACUGAUCACAUCUCAUCACCAAUAUGGCCUAAAAAGGAGAUUGUCUUAGCUAUAAUUCUUUACAUGAUCACUUCUUAUUAGAUUUUCUUGGAGGGGAAUACAUAGGAACAUAUGUAAUGUACUAAUUCCCCCUACUUUAUGCACAACAGAACACACAGAACCUGGAAAACCCUUUACCCACCAUCACACCAAGGAAGUGCUCAAUCACUUCCUAAUCAAUUACUUUGCUGAUCGUUCCAAAACCAUUUAAUAUGUUGAUGACUUUUAAACAGGGAUUUCCAUUGUGACUGGGGUGAACAAUGAAACACACACAUGCUGCAGUGAUUGGCUUUAUUAAUGUGAUUUAUUUUCUGUUUUCUGUCGCCCCCCUGUGGCUUAUGGCUGUAAUAACCGGGUUCCUUGGUCUCUAAUGAAGUCGUUUCAACAUUGACCAAUGUUGAAACGACCAAUGUAGUGCACUAGUUUAAACAGAGGCCGGUGGGCUCUAGUGCACUAGUUUAAACAGAGGCCGAUGGGCUCUAGUGCACUAGUUUAAACAGAGGCCGGUGGGCUCUAGUGCACUAGUUUAAACAGAGGCCGGUGGGCUCUAGUGCACUAGUUUAAUAAGAGGCCGGUGGGCUCUAGUGCACUAGUUUAAACAGAGGCCGAUGGGCUGUAGUGCACUAGUUUAAACAGAGGUCGGUGGGCUCUAGUGCACUAUUUUAAACAGACCGAUGGGAUCUAAUGCACUAUUUCAAACAGAGACCGAUGUGUUAGGAGCGAUUUGGGACAUUUAACUGUAAUUGUUGUACUACAGUCUAAUGAGAAGCUCUGGUCCAGGGCUUCACAUGUCUUCCGCUGACAAUAUACAGCUGAAUAAUAAGUUGUGUUGUAAAAUA